AGAAUUAAACAUGUUGCGUCGUUUUGUGCAAGUGGGUGCCCGGCAGCUGAGCCGAAGCCAAUCAUCUACUGCAGUCGCUGAAAGGUGGGAUCUGUUCGCCGGAGUACUCGUUGAACGCCUUCCUGUGGUCUCCAAGUCGCUAAGUCCUCUAGAGAAACAGUUUCAGGACAUGCUGUGGCGAGUGGAGUACGAGGGCAGCCUUAAGUCCGAUCACGAGCUAAAGCACGAGCGAGAAAUCGUCCAGGCGGAUCUGAUCAAGCAGGGCAAAGUUCAGGUCGAUCUGGAGGACAGCGGCUCCAAGCAGACGGCUCAGGAUCUUAAGGAUGCUUACGUAGAGGAACUAAAAAAAUUUCAGCUGGGCUCCCGCACCACGCCCGAUGACAAGGCCAACAGAACCAGUUCUACUGACCGCUGUCUGGAGGAAACGCUCUACCUAUUGAUCCAGCAGAAACUCGGCCAGCAAGAGCACCUUGUCCUGCCCCAAGGCAAGAGGGAAGAGGGCGAGUCCAUGCGGCAGACAGCGGAACGAGUGCUCCGCGAGAAGUGCGGCCAAGACCUGCAGGUUCUUUUUUAUGGUAACGCCCCAGUAGGCUACCACAAGUACAAGUAUCCCAGCAACCAGCGGACAGAGAGCGUCGGAGCCAAGGUGUUCUUCUACAGAGCAUCCCUACGCUCUGGGCAGGUGGCGGAAAAGGUAGCCAAGUUCGAGUGGCUGCCCAAGGACGAGCUCAAUGGAAAGCUGACAAAUGCAGCUUAUGCGGAAAGCAUUAGCAAGUUUUUGUUGUAAUCGUAAUUUUUAAAUCUGUUUUGAUAUCUAACGAAUAAAUAAAUAAAAUAUUA